UGAGAUGAGAUUCGAACUCAUAACCUGACUUUUGCAUUAUACGCCCGACGAACCACCCUACUUUAGUUUUUUGCAUUAACUAGCCAUCUGUCUUAUGUAACCAAACAUAACAUAUCAUACUAAUUUGAGUGUCCUGGAUUUACAUUUGCUAUGUUACUUCUAGUCUAUGAGACCAGGCUGAGAAACUAGGUGGAGCUAAUGUCUGGGAAUACCUACCCACUUGUCUCAUAUUUGUAACGUAUGUAAAGGAGAAUGAAUGAAAGAGGAAUUAAAUGUAGUUAAUGUAUUGUGGAAGGGGUUGGGUCCAGUCUGAACAAAAACAAAACACCCAAUCUAAACCAGAGUGUGUGUGCAAGCAGGUUAGCAGGAAAAAGCUUGGUGUUAACAGUACAGUUGUAGAGGCCAAUUGAAUACGUUUUUUCUUUCACUGGGACCUUUCAGAUCAGGUGUCUGCUUCUUUUUACUUCACAUAGAAACAAUAUCAUCAGCCUACACUCAGAGACCAGCCAAUCAGAGUCAAAUAAAAAUGGACAAGGCCAAUUAUACAGUAAGGGAGGGGGCUGACAGCAGCUACAGGAACACAAAAUGUACAGGAGACUCACCAACCAAUCGAAUAAGAGACAGGAGGCCUAAUCAGCCAGUCGGAUAAAGAAGAGUGAAAUGUACAUUAGCCAAUGAGAGUUACACUGAGACAGUAACUGGAUAGAAUUUAGAAUAGCCAUUCACAAUGAUGCCAGAGUGUGGAAUAUGCCAGAACACUGGCAGUGCAUCCUGGGUAAAGGAUGAACAUUGCUUAAUUCAUUAAUCAAACAUUGAGAGAAGGAGGAGAAAAGAGAGACCGUUGGGAGAGAGAGACGCUGGGGUGUGCCAAGCUUUUACCCUUGGGACAAACGAGAAAUAGAAAGUCAACGGGCUCUGUUAUUGUCUACUGCUGCUGUGUCAACGGAGCGGACCUCCACUACAGCUCUGUUUGUGCUCGCCUGAGGCCAGCAUGUGAGAGGAAUGGACAAUGAGAGUGAGAAGUGGGCCAGAGUUCUGUGGGACUACCUUUGUCUGCACCAAUCUCUGGAAAAGAGUGAUGUCAUAAUAGGCCUGGGUUGCCAUGAUGUGCGUGUGGCGGAGAGGUCAGCUGAUCUCUUCCUGGAAGGAUUGGCUCCUUGGCUGCUUUUCACUGGUUACCUAGGUAACCAGACUGCAGGUGUGUGGACGAGGCCAGAGGCUGACGUGUUCUUGGAUGUGGCUCUGAGGAUGGGAGUGCCCAGGGGGAACAUACUGCUGGAGACAGAGGCCACCAACACUGGAGAGAACAUCCGCUUCUCCUACAGGCUCCUCAAGGAGAAUAACAUCCCAGCCAGCAGGGUGAUCCUGGUCCAGCAGCCUUUUAUGGAGCGCAGGGUUUUUGCCACUUUCCUGCGCCAGUGGCCUGACCAGGGGGAACACACGCAUGCCAUCGUCACCUCCCCACAGAUGGGAAUCUCUGCCUACCCCCACCCCACUGUGGGUACUGCCACAGACCUCAUCACAUACAUGCUAGGAGUUUUAGAGAGGAUCCGUGACUACCCACAGAAAGGCUUCCAGGUGGAACAGGAGAUCACACCCAGUGUUCUCUCUGCCUACCAAUGGCUCUUGUACGCUGGCUACAUUCCCAAGUGAACCAGAACACACACGCCCAUGCAUGAACGCGUGCACACAUUUCCACGCACAAACACUUGUACCUAUGUUUUGCUAUGUUGAUGCUGCUGAUAGUUGGGAUGGUUGGGAAUUGAACAUUAAAUCACAGUAAAUUUA